AUGGAGUCGACGCAGUACUCACGACUACCGGACCCGGACACUUUCGAGCUGGAGCCCGACUACUUCGAAUUGGAGAAGCUCCUGCACCCGCCUACUCGAGCAGCGCGGCUGAAGGACUGGGCGCGUCGUAAUGCUCUUCUCGUGGGCCUCGUCGCGCUCUUUUUCUGCGUCGCCAUCCUAUAUAUCGCGGCGCAACUCGCAUCGAGGCCGGGACUAUGGCAUAUAGGACGACCGUCAGGGGCAUCUCUCAAGCAGGCAAUAGAACAACCAACCCAACAGCCGAAGAUAGUGGAAACCGACAAAGGAAUUCUGCUGGAAGAAGGACCCGACCAAACCCAGAUCGAAGGCGACAACGAACUGCUGACACAAGAAGGCGACGCAGUCGAAGUACAAGGAGGUGGUAAUAACGGCAACGUGACCUUGGAUGUCCCCGGAGCGGACGUCGUAGCCGGAGACAACAAUGGCCAGGCGACACUCCAGAGCCCGGCUCCCCAGCAACAGGAUCCCCCGGAGCCACCCAUACCCAUCAAGGCGGUGUUCUACAGUGGCUCUGAGGGCCCCAAGGCCUGUCGAGGGCACGUCCUUGCCGUCAUCAACCUCCCCAAGCCUGCUGGGAUGGGCGUCCCAGGUCCGGCGCAGUGCUACAACUUCCCCGGAGAGCAGUUCUCUGGGUGUGCCAACUUCUGGGCGAACAAAGCCGACGGAUGUGCGGCGAAAGUGUUCGGAGAGACGAACUGCCGGACCUACUUGAACACGGCUGCGUUCAUGGUCGAGAACAGGGCGGUCGGGGGCCACUGGCGCAGCGUAGAGGUACAGUGCGGGAUCCCGGAGCCUGAUCCUGCGACGUUGGGCAAGCCGCCUAUGAUGGAUCAGAUCUCGUCAAUGGUGGACAACGACAAAGCAAAAGGCGGGAAGCGGGAGGUCAGCGAUGAUGCACAGCUACCCGCGUGA